UUCGAUCCACCAGUCGGUGCCUGCACUUUGUCAGACCAACAUCUCCAAUUCUGCGGUUUGCUCCAAGCGAAGAUCGGUUUUGCGAGUGCGAGUUUUUUUUCUUUCGUUCGUCGGGUUCGUCUUCUAUCAGCGUUCAAGUCUCCCGGUGAUCUUUCCCGGAAUAAAAACAUCACCUUUUCUGCAGCAGCAGCAGCAGCAACGCAAGCAGCAAGGAAAACAUAAAAUGGCGGUGAAAACAACAGUAAUCGUUUUAGUAUCGCUAUUGAUCGGUCUCGCCAGCGGCCAGCGCCAGGACCAGGAUGACCCGUGCAAGACCAAAUCGAAGGUGGUCGGCGACGCGACGUACUGCGACCGGUACUGGGAGUGCGUCAACAACCAGGCCGAGCUGUACGACUGCCCGAACGGGUUGGUGUUUGCCGGCAAGCACCGCGGCGUGACCGAGGGCUGCGACUACCCGUGGCGGUCGGACUACUGCGACGGCAAGCAGCUGGCAAACGGCCCCAUCUCGACGGAGCACUGCGACUGGCUGUACGGCAUCUUUGGCCACGAGACGUCCUGCACCCGGUACUGGACGUGCUGGAACGGAACGGCCACCGAACAGCUAUGCAUCGGCGGGCUGCUGUACAACGAGAACGCCCACAGCUGCGACUGGCCGGAGAAUGUUGAGGGUUGCCAGAAGCACCCCCUCUGCAACGACGACGCUAAUGGCAACGUUCCGCUAGGAAAGUCCUGCAAUCGGUACUGGCAGUGCCAGGGUGGCUACCCGCGGCUCCAGCGAUGCCCGGCCAUGCUGGUGUUUGACCGGCGAAGCCUGCGCUGUGUCGUGCCGCCGACGGAGGACUGUGACAUCCCGACCACCCCGCAGCCCUUUGACGGAGACCUGGAGCAGGGCAAGGGAAAUGCCAUUUCGAAUCUGCCACCGGGUGCCAUCCAGGGAAAACUCGGAGGAGGUAGCGGCGGCCGGAAGCAAAACUAAGUUUGUGAUAAUGACUGCUGGCGAGAAAUGUGAGUGUGUGUGGGCGUUCCGAGCCCUUCAUCCGUUCUACGAUCCUGUUCCGGAAAAAAAAACCCGACAGGAGCAACAGCGGUAACGGAUGUCCAAAACAUUUCUCAAUCUUGCAAGUUUGGCCACCGAACGAAAGCAAAACCAACAACAGCAGUGUGGCCAUCCCCAAGCACAUGAUGGUUCAUUUUUUUGUACCCGUCGCCCACAAGUUGCAAAACGUUAAAAUAAAGCGCGAUAAAUUUCGACCGAAGAAGCUUCGCCGGCAAAAGAAAAAAAAAACGCGGCGAAUGAAAAACUUCAUAAGUUUUGUAUAUAAAUAAUAUUUUUAAUUGAAAAUAAUGUUUAUACUAUUAUAUUAUUUUCCACUCGUUUUAAUUAUGCUUUAUUAUUUAAAACCCAGAAAAUGAGAAAGAGAGUAAAACAGCGUAAGAUUAAUAAAGUGGUGAAGAAAAACACUGUGAA